AUAGAUAUGAUGUUUGGUCAUAAACUAAAAAAGUCUGGCAUCAAUUAACAAUAUGGCUGCUUACAUUAAAAUAAGCAAUACAUAACUCUUGGAUUAAAGUAAAUCUCCCUUAAAUCUAAAUAUAUUCUAAGUAUUAAAAAUUUUGAGGUAAUCUAAAACUGGCAGAUAAUAAGCAAGAAGCCAAUGGCCAAAUGGCUAACCAAAACUCAUCAUCUGACAAUAUGGAAAAAUUUCAUGCUGCUUUAGAUGAAUGGAACAAUAGAUCCACAGCUGCAGGAGCCUAUGACCCUGUCCCAUGUCUGAAUAAAUUGGCAGAACUGCUAGAACAAGAAACAGAAGAAUUUUAUAAAAUGGAUCCGGACCCCCUUGAUGACAGACCACCGGGGAGACAAAUUGUAACAUGUGGUCUUGGACAGAUGAUGAAGAUCAUUUUUAAGAAUGAUGAUUUCAUGAACACAAUUGUUGGCACCUAUAUCUUACGUGGUCAUUACACUGAUGGAGGAACAUUGUUCACAGCUGCAUGUCGAGUUUUGUUAGACUUACUUCCUGGUUUAGAGACAAGUGUCCCAUUUAGGGAGACGGAAGGUGUAGUUGAAAGAUUAUACUAUUGGUCAGAGUUUGCUGAGGAACCAUUGAAGUCCUAUGCCACAGGGCUACUGAGUGGUGCAAUGGAGUUGAAUGAUGUUGCUGUGAAAUUCAGAGAAGAAAGCUUACACUUGGUUCCAAUAAUGCUGGACCGGCUGCAUGCAUUAAUCAAACAAGACAAGGAAGACCAGUUGAGCUCCUCUAUCACAACAUCCACCUCCACUGUGGAGAGUGGUGAACAGAAGAGUGAGGAUGCAGUAGAGAAUGCUAAAGAUGGGGACAAGCGUUAUUUCUCUUUAGUUUCGUCGGAUGGUUCCAAGUCUCCACUCGGCACUUUUAAAGGCUCAGCCACUCCACCAACAUUAGACAGGGGAGACUACCGAGGUAGUUUGAAAAGAUCUUUGUCUCCUAGUCACAGUAGAGAACUUUACCCCUUCAAAAAAAUAAGAACCAACUCUGAAGGAUCUAGCUUUUUUGAUGGGGACCACAGUAACAGUAGCUGGGCCGAGAUGAGACCGCUGAUGAUAGGCUCCUAUUCCUUGUGGCCUUUAACCUCAUCGAUGAAACAGAGACUGAUUCUUCAGUACUUAACUCCAUUAGGAGAUUACCAUGAGUUUACAUUUUUCUUUCAGCUUCUGAGCCCAAUACUGGAGCAUAAUGCCAUGAGCCUGAUAUUUCAUUACAUCAAUCUCUCUGAAAAUAAAGAUAUAAGACUUGCUUUUGAUGCACUUCGGUUUCUCUCCGUCAUCCUGUGUCACAAGAAAUUUGCAGCCGAAUUCAUAACAAAAGGUGGUGUGCAGAAACUUUUAGAAAUUCAUCGUCCAUCAAUAGCAGCUACUGGCGUCUCCCUCUGUUUUUACUACAUUACUUAUUUUGAAGAUGCCACAGAAAGGCUGUGUAUGCUCCCAGAGAAUGUCUUGAGCGAUGUUGUUCUGUAUAAUCUGUGGCUGAUGGAGUGUUCCCAUGAUUCCAGUCGAUGUCACGCUUGUCUGUUUUUUUCUCAGUCAUUCCCUUACAAGGUCAUCCUCAACCUUUUUGACAAGAACGAUGGGCUGAGGAGAUUAAUUAAUAUGAUAAGUACACUGAGCAUCUUAAAUGCAGACAGCCGUGGUAACGAGACGGACGAUGAACUUCAUCAGAUGCGGCAGGCUGCUCGGCUUGUUUGUGACGCACUUCGAAAAUACUUUGAGGUUCAUGCGACCUUGAAGGCAGACGAACUACGCUGCCUGCACCAUCAGGAUGGCGCUAACUCCUCUUUAAGAGAAAGCAAGUCUGUGAAAGGCAGCAAAUUUACGAUGGAGGAAAACAUGGACAUCCUCUUGGAGUACUUGCCUCCCAAAUCUAACUGGCUUCCUGAGAUUGUCAUCAACAGACUUGGUGGCAUCAACAUUCUCUGUCAGCUUAUAGCCAUGUCUCCUGAGUGGGACUCCUACCAGGGAAAGAUUGAGACCAUUGUGUCCGCCCUAGAUGUGUUAGCCAUGUGCGCAGUGUCUCACAGAACUCAGCUUCAGCUGUGUGGUACAGUGGAGCUCCCAGAUAACAUCACCACUCCAAUCAUGAGUGUGCUUGUUGGCCUGGUGGAGGGUGAGGUUGUGAACGAUUCGGAGAUAAUAAAAGCUGCAUUGAGAGUUAUAGUCAAUUGUGUGUGUGGACCUGUCGAGAGAUUUGGUAGCGGCGUGGUCAGGUAUCAUGGCCCCAGAAAGAAGUUUCACGGGGAAGAAGAUGUACUGUCUUGGAUGUGGCACAAUGUCCGUACAAACAACGGAAUCAUGGUCCUCUUGAAAACGCUGAAUGUCAAAACUCCACUGAUUGAUGCUGACCAGCUUAGGAUGUUAGCCUGCAAGGCCCUCGUUGGAAUGGCUAAAUCUGAGACCAUUCGACAGAUUAUUGGCAAGCUUCCGCCUUUAAACAAUGGACAUUUACAAAGUUUAAUGAAAGAACCAAUUUUGGCAGACAGACGUCAUAUUCACCAUCAGUUUUGCAAGUACGCUUCCACUCUGCUUGAGAAGAUUGCUGGUAGACAGGCCAAUGUGCUAGGGGCAUCAACUCUGGAAGAGAUUCGUAAAGCUGGCGUGGUGGCUCAGACUAAGAUUGUUUACCAAGAAAAAGAGUUACUUCAACUGAUCCAUGAACAUCUCCAAUCUAAAGGCUAUUAUGAAACAGCUUCAGCCCUACAGAAAGAGGCCAAUCUACCAAGAUGUGCAACACCUCCGCCACAUCAUGCCAAUAACCUGCAUUUGUACUCGCCGAACACACCCAAAAUUGGAAGGCAGCUGAGUCAUCCGUCCUCUAACCUAAGUAUUGCAACCCCAAGUCAAACAAACAGAGACACCCCUGUAGCCACACCUAUUGUGUCAGAUCGAGAUACUCCAUCUACAUCAACUGCCAGAGGUCCUGUAUCUUCAUCCUUCACACCUACAUCAAGUCUGACUCCAGGCCCGUUAAAAUUUACUCUGAACAAGACGCCAACAUCGCAUCAGUUUACUCCACACCAGAAGAGUAAGAGAAGAUUCCUAAAGGAACGAGAGGGCUACGUGGUGCCAGGCAGUGCCAGCAGGCUGAAAGGGAAACAUGCCAGUGAUUAUGAUGUCACACUGGACAAAAUAGUCACAGAGUAUUUGAGAAAGCAGCACGCCUUGUGUCCUCAGCCCAUCUCCACAUGCCCAACUAUGUCAUUAUUUAUGCCACAUAGAUGUCCUGAGCCCCUUGGCAAGACCAGUGCAGCAUUUUCUAUCACCUCUCGAAUUAUGGAUAGACAGAUUCGGCCACCUUACGGCGGACCUAAGGGCCAAUUUUUAGAUAGACGAUACAUACAUAGCAGAUUGUGUCCACUCACAAGUUUUAGAGACAGUGCUGGUGAUGGUUUGGCUUGUUGUGCUUUUGAUUGUGCAGCUGACAACAUUUUAAUUGGAUCAUUCACAGGGGAUCUCAGGGUCAUGAAUAUUGCUUCCAGCGGGAACGACUUCUAUAGCACAGUGUGUCAUUCUUCACCUAUCAUACACAUAAGUACAUCAAAAGUGAAUCCAGAUCUUGUGUUUACGAGUACAUGGGGUGCAUCCCAGAACUGUGCAUUGUGGAACUUUUCCCGCACUAACCCAGACCUCUCUCUCAAAUAUCGCUUUGAUGAACAUAUUGCCAACCUGGCCAAUCAGAGUGCAGACAGAUUUAUUGCAACAAAGGAAAUGGUGGCUAAGAUCUAUGACACAUCUACAUCCAGUGUGGUGCAAACAUUUUACGAUGAGAAAAAAGCCAAUAACUACAAAUACAAUGAGGCCUCUUUUAACCCAACAGAUGACCUGGUGCUCAAUGAUGGCAAUCUGUGGGAUGUAAGAUCUGGAAAAAUGAUCUACAAAUUUGACAAAUUUAAUCAGUAUACGAGUGGCUGCUUCCAUCCGAGAGGUUUGGAAGUGGUCAUUAAUAGUGAAAUUUGGGACAUACGAACAUUCCGACUCCUGCACACAGUCCCUGCACUAGACCAGUGUCAGAUUAUGUUUAAUCAUAAUGGAGAUGUCAUUUACGCUAUUCAAGUUGAUGAUGAGAUGUCUGGCAACAGUGACCUGAUGACCAGAAGAGAUUAUGCUUCCACUCUGAGAACUUUUGAUGCUAUUGAUUAUACCAACAUUGGAACAUUUGAUUUAAAGACCAACAGUAUCUUUGAUGUGGCCAUAGACAGAAAUGAUUUUUAUAUAGGAGUCAUUGAGAAUACCUCCCACAAUGAUACAGAAUCGGAGGAAGCUUUUUGUCGUAUUUAUGAAAUUGGUAAAAACAGAGAACCAGAAGAUCAGGUUGAGGAAGAUGAUGAUAAUGCCCAGAACGAUGAUCCCAAUGAUUAUGAUGAUGAUGAUGACGACGGCGAUGGUGAUGAUGAUGAUGACUCUGUCCUCGAGUUUGUUGAUGCUUCGUCAGACCAGGAUGACAGUGAAGUGGAUGAGGAUAACUUAGAUGAUGCCGAUGACUUGGACCUGGCAGAGUUGUCUCCCGCUGGCAGCAGUGACAGUAGCGACGAUGAUGAUGACGAGGAUCACGGGGAACUGGAUGAUUUGCUGUUUGAACUGGUUUAAAGAAACAUGUCCCUGAUGUUUGUAACGGUUGAAUAUCUUGUGUGGACAUCAAAGAGGUUGAAGAGUUCCAAUAUCAAAAGAUUGUUUCCUGUUGCAUUUAUGUAAAGUGUAUUAGCAUGUCUUGUGUCAUAAAGAAGAAAUGGAAAUAAAGUUAGCUGUUAAAAACACCUUUUGUUAUUAUCGCUCACAAUUCUCUGUAAACCAUAUUAGUUUUAAAAAAAUUUGAGCUUGCAAUAAUUAAUUAGAUCUUCAUUAUCCAGAGCAUUACGCAUUACAACAAUGCAAACCAAAGUUUGUCACAUCCAACAUCACAUUGAUGUGGGGGUACAAUUUUACAUAAACUGCCAAUAGACUGAAUGUGAUUGGUACAUUCUAAGCUCUGAUUAAAGUAAGUAGUUAUUAGGAAAUUUAAUCUGAUGGUCAACUUUAUAGAAUGGUUUGCUUUAAAUAAACGGUUGGAUUGAUUGCAUCUCAGAACCAGGAUUUGCCUGUCAAAGAGUUAGUCAUAAGUCUCAUUUAAAUGUGCCUUCAAUACAUCAUUACCUUUCGAAGUUGUCAUGUUGAUAAUGUCGUCAAAAAUUUUCAGGGGAUAGUGCUUCAGCCUCCUUUUAUACAAUUUUUACCUAAUAGACUAUCGUUGAGUAUUGUGACAUUAAAAAAGCAGCUGUUAAAUGAGAAAGUGGGCAUAAUUCAAAUGUUUCUACCUGAUAUACUGUACCAUUGUGUUCUUUGUAUAUAAACUUGUAUAAUAGGUGGUAUCUUGUACAGCAGGCCUAGCCAAUAAAGUAGCUUGUAUAGAGAACUUACCCAUUACAUUACCUCUCAAAGUAGGCCUAUUCAUUCAUUUGUACAUUGGAUUUACUUUGCAUAGUUUUAUCUAACUAGAACUGAUCCUGGCAUUACUGUGUUUGACAUUCUCUUGUUUCUAUAUACUGGUAUCUAUUUUUUUUUUAUUAUUAUUACCCAGUAUGAGUAAAAACAUUUUUAGUUUCACAAUUUGAAUUUAUUUUCGAAACAGUUGAUGUUCAUGAAUUGUGUGCAUGUGGUUUGUAGAUCUGUUGUGUCACGAUCUGAUCUUCCGACCAGUCAGAGCAGUAUUCUUGUUGUCUACCUUGAAUUCCUUUUACUUAGAAAUAUUGCUGAAAAAAAAAGAGUUUUUGUUAUUCAUUACUGUAUAGAAACUAAUUUAUUCAUGAGAUACUGUUUUAUUUUUUGAUGUUUCAUUGAAAUAUUGUUUACCCACCCAGAAGUCUUAAAAACUUUUUUUUUUUGAAAUAAAAGAAAUUAACACCCCCCCCCCCCCCCCAAUUAAAUUCUGAAAUAUUAAAAUGUUGUCUGUGACUGGAUGUUUAUCUGUUGUCACAAACAGGCCUUCUUACUCUUUCUUGAAGGAACGUCUGUAAUUUAUGAGCUAAGUUUCCUGGUAAUAUCUGAAGGUUUUUUUUGUUUUUUUUUAUGUUGUCUUUUUUUCUUUACUAAUGUAAAGUCAUAGUUUGUUUUUUUUUUGUUUCCAAUUGUUUUGUUGUCAAUCUGUUUGGUGAAUGUGAAAUCUGUUACCUUGUGUGACAACACCAGCUAAUGGGUCACCCUGGUCAUAAUGUUCAUGUGAAAAAUAAAUUGGCAUCACUAA